AUGGAAUACCGCCCGAAGACUGGCCGGACCUGCAAAGUCCACAUGGCUAGCGUACCUCCCGUGGCUCCUCCCCGGCAACAUCUACGUGGCUUCAGUAUUUCCGAUGGUGCACCACUAGACGGGCUGGGUCCUUCCACCGGUCGUCAACAAAAUUUAGCUAGGAAUUCAAGAAAGCUCCAAAGUUCAAACGAGGAAUCUCCUUCACCAUCUUCUCCAGCCCUGCUGGAAACUGGAAGUAAACCACCUGCAGACAACGACGGUUCCAACCAGGUUCGAACAAACAAAUUAGUGGGUGGAGAAGACCUGUAA